AUGCAGGCCUACAGAGGGGCUCUGGGUGAGCUGCGCGAAGACAUGCAGGCGUCUCCAUUCGCCGCGUGGACUCUCGAGCAGUUACAGGAGUUUCUUGUUGAUAACAACGUGGAGGUCCGCGGGUCAUCUUUGCUAAACCGGCCCGCUUUUGUCGGGAUACUGGAGAGGAUGUUCAAGGGAUGUACCGAGGCCCCCACACCGCCACCGCUGCUAACGGAGGACUUCAAGAGAAGGAGAGAGGCGGCGGCACUGGCUCUAAACCCAGUUCCAGACGGCCACGUCAAAUCGAACCCCUUGCAUUCCCCGAGGGGGGUCAUGAACGCGGCAGCUCGCGGUCGCAUCUCCGAAGACACGCCGUGGGAGCCACCGUCCAUGAAGGAGGCCAAGAAUUUCGAGGACGAGCUGCACCUUAGGCACCCGGAGGGGGGAAAGUUCGACGCCCGGGAAGCUGCGAUGGGGCGGUAUUGCUUUCUUGGGGGUUGCGGGGAGCAGCUUGACCUCUGGGAUGAGGGCAAGAUAAGCCAGUUCGCGCCCUUCGGGGCGGGCGUGACGUCAUACUUCAAGUUGCUCAAGUUCUUCUCGUGGACGUUCCUGGUGGUGUCCUUGUGCGUCCUGCCGCACCUGUCCAUCAACACUAGCGGAGACGCCAUCACGACCUUCACCACCAACACGGACAGGAUGUCGCGGACGACGGUGGGAAACAUCGGCGGGGGUUACAACUCUUCAAACAUGGCGGUGUUGCCGUUUUGCGACGUGGAGCAGUACAGCACAUGCCUCAUCGAGCUCGACACCCUGGGCUUGUACUACGGGUGCAUCGACGCCCUCAUCACCAUGUUCUUCCUCGUGGGAUAUUUUUGGGUGAAUUCUUUCAUCAGGGAUGAGUUCGAGUCGAUCAAGAGGACCACAGUCACAGCCGGAGACUUUACGGUCAAGGUAAGGGGUGUGCCCCCAGACAUCACGGAGGAAGAGAUCUCGGAGCACUUCAGCAACCUGCUUGACAGGAAAGUUGUUGAGGUGGCCAUUGCCCGGGACAACCGGAAAGGCAUCGAGCUCUACUCUAAGUCCGGCAAGCUUUACCACGAGCGUGCCGCCACACGCGACUUGAUCCGCUACAUCAAGACCAAGGCCCAGUCACGCGAAGACCGGGCUCACAAGAUGGAGGAAGCUCGGUCUGACGGUGGCAGGAGGCCCAAGAAUGCCCGGCCUGUGAGGAAAGAAGGGUGUAUCGAGCGAUUCUUCAGGGAACGCAAGAUCCGCCAGCUUCAGGAGAAGCGAUCUAAAGCUAGCCGGAAAAUCAUACACUUCGCGAUGGAGGCCAAGAUGGCCGUCAUGAUGACCAACAAGGCAGUGGCUGCCUAUGUGACCUUCGACGACGAGAUGGCGGCUGUAGAAGCUAGGGUUUCCUACAGUGGCAGCUGGAUCACGCGACUGUGCGCCAAAGAGAAUAUGAAGCUUAAGGGCAAGCGCAUCAGCGUUGAGGAGGCGCCCGAGCCGUCGACGAUCUUGUGGGAGAACUACGGCUACCGGAGGUGCGAGCUGUGGACGCGGCGCACGGCGACCUUGCUCAUUGGGACGAGCUUUAUCACCUUGUCCAUCGGCAUGUCUAUCUAUGCCCUCUACCAGAACCAGCAGGCCGAGAGCGAGGGGGGCACCGCGGAGUGUCCCGAGGGUUGGGAUGCACUGUCUAGGUGGGAACAGGAAGAUGCUGUUGCGGAGGACGGGACUAUCUUGCACUGCCUCUGCGACGGUGCUGAUGGUUCGGCAUGGACGCUAAGCCCCAACGACGUCUGCUACGAGUACGCCUGGGCGAAGGUCCAGGCAACCUGGCUUGUUCUGGGGACGUCGUUCAUGGUCGCCUUCACCAACGCCGCGAUCAACAAAAUUACCAGGAUGAUGGGCGUCUUCGAGAAGCACCUGAGCGUGGACAAGCAAGAGGUGGCUGUCUACAGACGGCUGGUGCUGCUCAAAUUUGUCAACAUCGGCCUGACUGUCCUGGUCACCAACAGCCGCAGGGUUAUCGAUGUCUUAGGAGUUAGCCUCGACUACGAAGAAGAUUUCACGUCCGAAUGGUACCGCACCCUGGGAAGCAGCCUCGUGAUGAACGUCCUCCUCAACGCGGUUACACCUCACCUGUACUGGUUGGUCCUGUGGGGCAUCAAAUCGUGGAAGUGGAAACACAACCGAGGCAGGGCUAUCAGUCAGGAGGCCCUCAACAACCUCACCAAGGGUCUUCGCUGGGAGGUCUCAGUGCGAUACGCCGAGAUCACCGUGAUCUUCGCCGUGUGCCUGGCCUACUCUGCGGGCAUCCCCAUCCUGCUGCCCAUCGGGACGCUUUCUUUCGUGCUCUUCUACUGGGUGGAGAAGGCGCUUUUCGUUAACUUCUACCUCACACCGCCACAGUACUCCGGCAAGCUUACUAAUGAGGUUGUAAGCCUGAUUCCAUACUGCCUGUGGAUCCACGUGGUGUUCGCCUUCUACAUGUAUGGCAACGGGACCAUCUUCCCAACGGAGACGGAUACGUCAGACACCUUCAACAUUAUUGGCAAGCUAGAAGUAAAGGCAGUUCAGCCACUGCUGGUCCCGUUCUGCAUCCUGACUGCUCUCAUCGUCGAGCACUGGCUGGGGAAUACCGUCCUCAACUUCUGCGGAAGGGUGGCGGCGAUCUUGACGUGCAAAGGCAAACUGGCAUCCAAAAAGCUGGAGAGCCUAUGCAACACCAUGUCCGUCACUUACUCGAGGGCAGUGGUUCGGGGCAUCAUGCGCGGCCUGCCCAGCUACAACAUUCUCCUCAACCCCAAAUACAAGGAGAGCUUCGGACUGAGUGACGGUUUUGCCUGCCAGCACAAGCGGGUUGGCUCGGUGUUUAUGAUGCUGAACGAGCACCCAUCCAUUUUGGUCAUGAGAGAGGCGAUGCACGACGAACACGUGGAGAAGAAGGCCAAGAAGUACGGGUCCCAGAAACGCCACAAGAGCGCGGCCGCAGCCUCUCAUGCCUCGUCCGAGCACGUCCCGGACUCGGCCACCAACAACUACGUCAGCAACCAACCCUACCCCCCAUGGGGCGCCUCCGUGCAAACCCCGAGCCCCAUCACCAGUCAACUCGGGCACAGCGGCAUCGACACCGACAGCAGCAAUCGGACCUUGAGACACGGCCAACGCAGCUAG